AAGUAAAUAUUAUUUUUUAAUUAAAAAUGUACAAACACUACAAACUUUAGAUUUCGAUUAAUACGAGUUCAUCGUUUGAAACAAUUGUGCGUUGUAUACUAAUGCAUUAGAUUUUAAAUAACUUAGAAGAAUUAAUACGAUCAAACUAGUCGUUUGAAAAAAAUAUCGACCUCAAAUAAAAAAAAAUACGUAUGUCGUCGUGUUUGUGUUUUUUUUUUUUUUUACAUAGACGACAUCUCACUAUGUCGCGUGGGCUUUAUCUAUUCGCAUUCUCCCCAGAGAAAUUUAUAAUUCAAAAGGUUCGGUCGUUGAACUAACAACCCCUUCUGUUAUUACUUUAAGCGAAAUGCUUUUCAGUGAUGUACAAUUUUCCAUUAGUCAGUUUAUGUGUGCAUCGUCAUGUGCAACCCUUUCCACAUAAACGACCCUGACGCCGCGCUGGUGUUCGGCUCAUUUGACUGACAGUGGCAAAAUGCUGCAGCCGUCGUAUGUACUUACCUAUUAACCUACCCAUAAAAUAUAUUAUACGUAUUACACCACACGCUUUAUCGUCUCGGGGAACAAUGUAUAAACGUGUACAGUCUCUGACACAGAACAGAUCGUUGUUAUCGUUGUUGUUUAAGACACCGCUACGCCUUUGAGCGUUCUCCUUUUUACCGUGGUAUACCAGGUGUCUGCUGAACAGUGAUGCAGCGGGGCCCAGCCCAAUUGAGUUCCGUGUCAGACCUGUACGUUAGCGACGAAAUAUCGGUGCUGCUUGAAGAGAUCCACGACUUGGAACCGAAGGGCAACAUCGCUCCCAUCGACGACGAACAGGAGUUCGAGAUCAACGGCAGUCAGACGGGAGGCUCUUGGCUGGAAGUCACCAACAGUAUGGCGGGCACACCGGGAUCGUGGGAUUCGCACGCAAACUAUAAACAUCAGGAGGCGUCUAGGGCCAGAUAUAACGGAGUGGUGUUGCACUACGACAAAAGACCAAUGAAGACGCCGUCGGGCGUCAUCCGAGUUCUACUGCUGGUCACCUGUGUUUUGUGCAUGUUUUGCCUGUGCUUUGCCGGCACUUCCAGGUUGGCGUUGUUCAUGUUGCCCAUGCUUAAUCGGAUACGGUUCAUACUGUUUGUCACAUUAUUCAACUUUCUAGUCACCGGAGCUAUACUAUUUUUGGACGUCACGCACACCGUGUACCUAUUUCCGUUCAAUUGGGGAAAAUUGAAUGUACUGUUCUAUGUCAUGAUGACCAUAUUGUGUCUCACGAGCUCCUCGCUAGUCCUUCAUCAAGUAUAUUCAUUUCACGAGUUUUACACAUGGGUACCGCGUGCUACGCGUCAUCAAUUGCUCGCUGCUGCAGUUUUAGGUUAUUUGUGUGCACUGGAAACGUUGUUGCUGGCCUUGCUGAGUCGCUGUGAUGGUUUGGGCGGCCUACAUUACCGCCAAGUCAAAGAUGAUAUGACAAGUCCGCCCAAUACAUUGGCUCUGCGUCAAAGAGUUCCACCACCACCCACAGUUGUAUAUUCACCAUCGCCGUCUCCUUCAUUUUGCUUACGAUCCAUCAAUCCCAAAUCAUAAUCAUUAUUGGUUUACAAUAUUACACCUAUAAAACAGAUAUUUCACCCAGAAACUUAUAUAAGUUGCGACUAGAAACUACUGUACUUUCUACAAGUCUUAAUAUAAUAAUAUAUACACAGUAUGUAUUGAGGUUUUAUGUGUGGAAUUCAAUUGCGACCAAUUUAAAGUAUUAUUAAGUAAAAAAAAGCUCCCCAAAAAUACUUCAUAUAUUUUUGUACUGAAACACGUCUUCUACUAGUUUUUUUUAAUAUUAAUGUAUUUUCAGAUUUUUACAUUUUUUAAUUCGCACAUAUUUGUUAUUAAUUAUUAUAAACAAAUUCUUGGGUUUAUCAAACAGUAUCUACUAUUUGACCAAAUUAAUAUUUUUUAGAUAUUUGGUUUUCAUUAAACGUGUGUAUUUUUACUUUCUAUUUACUUUCCAUGUAUUCUCAUCUUAAAUAUAUUUAUUUAUAUUGUUAAAGUAUAAGAUUUCUUAUUAUUGGCCGUCCAUUUAAAAUAGAUAAUUGUGCGCUUUACACAGCUACUGAAUAAAAAGCUGUAGUGCUUUACACCAUCUAAGGUUAUUUGUAUGUCUAAAUCAUUAAAAAUUAAAAAGAAUUCAAUAUUAUUAUUUAUUAUAAUAUACUUUCUAACAAAACUUUGCAUUUAGACUUUGCUAGACAUGUAUUCAAAAAAUGUAAUAUCUUAUCUGAAAAAUUAUACGCAAACUUAUUUUUAUCUUAAUUAUUUUUAAAAGGGCUUAAGUGUGUUAACAAGCUUAUAUAUGCAUACUCAUUACCAAUUUUAUCAAGUAUUUUAAUUGAACCCUAAUGAUCAAACUACCAAAUUAAAUAGAAGUCAUCUUAUUACAACAGGAAAAAUUAAUGUAAUUAAACCAAAUUCAAUGUAAUAUUGUUACUUACUAGAAACCAAAGUUCCCGAAAUUUUGUCAUAUCAUUGUAUAGCUAAAAUAUUAUGUGGUCUGAAAUAAACUGGUUAAAACAAAUAUAGGUUUACUGUUCAUAUUUUAAGAUGCAUUACACGUUUUUAUUUUUAUUAUCAUUUAAUUGUAUAAUUAUUGACAUAGCUGAUACUUCAUUGUUUUUAAAUGUUUAACUAAUUACUAAUAGUGUGGUUUAAUGAUGUAUAGGGACAAAUGUUAGUUGGUGCUUACCGUCUUAUAUAUUAUCAGUUCACUGUUGUCACUUUAUACUUUUGCUCAACAAUUUGUGGCAAGAGCAUAGUAUGUUUACUACAAAUGUAACCCUGUAUUACCAUAAUCGUUAAUCUACAGUAUUAGGUUGUAAAGUACAAAAUUAUUGUAACACAUUAGUUAUAUCACUAAUAUAAUAGCCCUGUUUACAAUGCAUGUGACAUAAAUUGAAAAAAAGAAGUGUAAUUGUAAUAAUUAUUAUUAUUUAUUAAAAACUAUUAUAUUUAGUACAACAUUUUAACAUUAAAUGUAUUUAACGGGUGUACAAUCUGAGCAUAAUAUUUAUUGUAAGCAAUGCCCUUGCUCUUGUUAUAUUUAUAUCUAAUAUACAUAAUACAUAUGGAAUUUUGAAAAUGAACCCAUCCGUUUAUUAUUUUUUGUCAAAAUGUUUUAUAUAAUAGUGUUUAUAAGCCAUUCAUCUUUUUUUUUUCAACUAAUAUUAUUCAAAAAAUUGUAAUUAAUAAAAUUUCUGUAACUGAAUGUGAUUAAUUUUCAUAUUUUAAGUGAUAGAUUAAUUUUUUAGGUAUACACUAGUGUUAUACCGUCCUUAGAAUUAAUUGUGUAAUAAUGAAAAUAUAUUUAUCAAAGUAUUUUUAUAUGAUGGUUACUUUAAUAUAUUAUUGAAGGUACAAUCUAAAUGUCGUACAUUUAAGUGAUGGUUGGUUGUGAAGGAAAUUGUAUGUUGAAUGGGUAUUAAUAAUAAUUAAUUAAUUGAUACAGUUUAUAAAAAUAUAAUUUUCAUCUGAAUGUAAAUUAUAUUUAAGUUAAAUAGCUACAUUCUUGACUUAAGACAAGUCAAAUUCCACAUUAUACUUAAUUAUAUAAUAAUGCUCUUUAUGUUAAAACUAUGAUUAGUUUUAAGGUUAAGUUUUACUAUGUUAACCAUUCAUUUUCAGACCUUGUUAAUUUGGCACAUUAUUUUAUUUUCACAUAAUUUAUCAAAAUUGUAUUUUGUGGGAAAUCUUUUUUUUCAAACCAAUAAAAUUCUUGCUAUGAUUUUUCUUUAUAUAAAAUUAUCAACACUAAAUAUUUAAAUAAGGACUCUUAUUAUAACUAAGGAUAUAAAAAUAAAUGUUUAUUCCAUGUAUUAAAAAACAUCACAAUUUUUAAUGAUUAUUAUAUAAUAUGAAAAAUUGGUUUUUAAUUUAUACACUUAAUAAUAUAAUUUAAAUAUUUAUCAUUUAUAUACAAAUAUAUUAUGAAGUAUACAAUAGCUUUAUUAGCUGCUUAAAUUAACCAAAUAAAAAACAAUAUAUAUGUAUA